CUUAGUACGACUGGUGCUCAUGGAUCCCCAACGCUCCCUCCACCAUGCGGAAGCCUCCGCCCGACCAGAAGGGUUUGGCAAAUGUGAACUUGAUCAUCGAGAGCCUCCCUGAUCGUGGACGCUCCAGCUGGCACCUGGGGGCUGUCUGGGCUCUCAGCCAGUACCAGGAGAACGAGCUGUACCUGGGCAUGUAUCCUGAUGAGCACUUUACAGAGAAGCCAGUAAAGGAGGCCAUGGAGAAGUUCAGGAAACAGCUCAGAGAGAUAAGCAGCUCCAUCAAGAAGAGGAACGAUGGAAAGAAGCUGCCGUACUACAACAUGUCUCCAGACAAAAUCCCAAAUAGUGUUGCUGUGUGAGGAAUAAAACUGCAACUACAGGGGAGAUGAUCAUGCCUGUGCUUUGGCAAAUAGCAAAUUAAAGAUCUUCCAAUGACCCAGAUAUGCUGUUAGAAAACAGUUUGUCACCUGAGCAUGUGAUUGUGCUACUUUUAUAUGAGCUUUUUUAAAAUGAUGUAUAUAUUUUUGUUGCUUUUGUGCAAUCCAGCAACAUGGUACUUUGUUAUUCUGGGUAACUAAGGGCUGUUGCUUAAGCAAACUGAGAUUGAUCAGUGGUAGAGGACGCAAUCAGAUCUAAGAGUGAUAAAACCACACUCGAAAAAUGCUCUGCUAUAAGCAAAUGUGCUGAAUUUAAAAUCAAAUAUAAGUAUGUAAGUAUGAUCUAGAAAAUGUACUUUGGGAUCAAAAAUAAAAGUACUCAAUGCAGAAA